CCUCCCUCUCCCGGGGUGACCGGCCUGCCGCCGCCCGAGACACAGCUUGGAACCUUUCCCCCCGCCCUCGCCGCCGCCACCACACACACGCACGCUUCUCUCCAUCUUGUGAUUCCUUUUUCCUCCUGAGCCCUCCCGUGGGGGUGCGAGUUUGUCUUUAUCCACCCGCCCUCCACCGCCUUCUUUUCUUAUCCCUCUCCUACCCCUUCCCACCUAGGUGUGCGCCACUUUGCUUUCUCGCCCCCCUUCAUUUUUAUUUAUUCAUAUUUAUUUGGCGCCCGCUCUCUCUUUCUGUCCCCUUCCCUCCCUCCCUCCGGAUCCCCGCUCUCUCCGGAGUGGCGCGUCGGGGGCUCCGCCGCUGGCCAGGCGUGAUGUUGCACGUGGAGAUGUUGACGCUGGUGUUUCUGGUGCUCUGGAUGUGUGUGUUCAGCCAGGACCCGGGGUCCAAGGCCGUCGCCGACCGCUACGCCGUCUACUGGAACAGCAGCAACCCCAGAUUCCAGAGGGGUGACUACCACAUUGACGUCUGUAUCAAUGACUACCUGGAUGUUUUCUGCCCUCACUAUGAGGACUCCGUCCCAGAAGAUAAGACUGAGCGCUAUAUCCUCUACAUGGUGAACUUUGAUGGCUACAGUGCCUGCGAUCAUACUUCCAAAGGGUUCAAGAGAUGGGAAUGUAACCGGCCUCACUCUCCAAAUGGACCACUGAAGUUCUCUGAAAAAUUCCAGCUCUUCACUCCCUUUUCUCUAGGAUUUGAAUUCAGGCCAGGCCGAGAAUAUUUCUACAUCUCUUCUGCAAUCCCAGAUAAUGGAAGAAGGUCCUGUCUAAAGCUCAAAGUCUUUGUGAGACCAACAAAUAGCUGUAUGAAAACUAUAGGUGUUCAUGAUCGUGUUUUCGAUGUUAACGACAAAGUAGAAAAUUCAUUAGAACCAGCAGAUGACACCGUACAUGAGUCAGCCGAGCCAUCCCGCGGCGAGAACGCGGCACAGACACCAAGGAUACCCAGCCGCCUUUUGGCAAUCCUACUGUUCCUCCUGGCGAUGCUUUUGACAUUAUAGCACAGUCUCCUCCCGUCACCCGUCACAGAAGACAUCAGGGUCUUGGAACACCAGAGAUCCACCUAACUGCUCAUCCUAAGAAGGGACUUGUUAUUGGUUUUUGGCAGAUGUCAGAUUUUUGUUUUCUUUCUUUCAGCCUGAAUUCUAAGCAACAACUUGGGGCCAUGGGGGGCUAAACUAGUUGCUGCCUCCCUCACCCCACCCCACCCCACGCCCUUGCCCCUGACUUCUCUCACCCCUUCCAAAUUAAAUGGACUCCAGAUGAAAAUGCCAAAUUGUCGUAGUGACACUAGUGGUUCGUCAGCUCCUGUGCAUUCUCCUCUAAGAGCUCACCUCCGUUAGCGCACUGUGUCAGUGGGAUGUGGACAAGGAAGAAUAGUGGCAGAUGCAGCCAGUGAUGGCUGGGCCCGGGAGGGCUUUCCUCUCCUAUACAAUAUUUAUGCCUUCUCAUUCAGGACUGUAAGAUGAUCGUGCAGGGCAUCAUGUCACCAUGUCAUGUCCAGAGGGGAGGUAUUGAGAAUAGAUAUAAUAUUACACCAUCUCCUCUAGGAGUGUAUAAAUGAACAGGCUUCUAAAAGGUUGAGACACUGGGUUUUUUAAUAUGACUGUCUUAAAGCAUUCUUGACAGCAAAACUCAUGCUCUUUAAAAAGAAGCCUUUUUUUCUAGGAGGCAGUUGGGUGCAGAACUAUAUGUUUGGUGGGGGUGUGUAUGUGUGAAUGCCUCUAAUUUUUUUGGUGACUGGGCAGUGCACACCAGAUUUUUUCUUUUUCUUUGAAUACAGAUCACCAUGGUGCUACAACUUUUUUUUCUUUUUAGAAACUCAAAGAGGCAUUUUUAUGAAUAAAGUGACCUUCCCCAAGGCUGACAAGCCAGGGUUGAUGAGUGCAUAGUGGAAUAGCUUUGGAUGCUCCUCUGGGGGACGAUAUGUACCAAGGAAAGGUUGUCGGUGGCCAGAGGAGAAGUGACUUGGCUGUGCUGGAGCACCAGUGUGCUGUGGCCUUUCCCCAACUCCCACCCUAGUACCCACAUUUUGCUCCACCCUCCACGACCACAGGGGCUCGGACGUAAGUCCCUGUCACCAGGAGAGUCAGCCAGUACUUCUUGGGAGGGCUAAAGGGAAAUUUGGAAAUAAAAUUCCAAAGUUUGGAAUAAAAAAAUUCAAGUGUUGAUUUUAUAUUCUCUCCCUUUCUGACACAGCCUAAAGCAUAGGGGGAACAUGUGUUUAUCUGUGGGAGAUAAACAAGAUGGAGUCCCAAAGACUUUAACAAAAUAUUUUUUUAAAAAUCCACUAGAAUAGAAAAUACAUUAUUUAGAUAUACUUUAUGCUGAGAGUGAGUAUAUAUGCUUGUCCUAUUUAAACUUGUGAGAAAAAGUGGUAUCCCUUGAUACAUUUAGAAAUAUGGGGGGGCUAUCUUGUUUCAUUGUG